CGCCCACCACUGUGAGCGAGUGACUGUGACACAGACAGGCGGCGCGCUCCCUCUCUCCCCGCUACCGUCACAUGGCCGCGCGCCGCCGGCUUGCGCGUUCCCGACCACACACACUAUGCUGCUUCUGACGCCGGCCGCGCUCGCGGAGUUCGGUGGCAAAAGAAGAACAAGAGGGCGCGUUUCCCAUGUACGGUCCCGUCCCUCCUCCUCCCGUUAGGUGACGGAGCCCGAGUGUGUGAGAGACGUCUAGCGGCAGAGCCGGAGCUCAGCAUCGCCCCUUAUCCCCUCACACCACUGGCGGGCGGGGAGCAGACGCCGGUGCGGGAGAGAGCAAUGCAGCAAGUCCUGGAGAAACUGACUGACCUACCCUCCUCAACAGGGGCGGAAGAAAUCGAUAUUAUUUUCCUUAAAGGAAUAAUGGAAAAUCCCAUUGUAAGAUCCCUUGCUAAGGCACAUGAACGUUUAGAAGAUACAAAAUUAGAAGCAGUUGGUGACAAUAAUGUGGAACUUCUACAUGAAAUUCUUGAAGACAUUAGUCCUUUAGUACAUGAAGAUAAAAAUGUUGAAGAGCUGGUUGGUAUCCUUAAAGAGCCCCAUUUUCAGAGUCUUCUAGAAGCUCAUGACAUUGUUGCCUCAAAAUGUUACGAUUCUCCACCCUCAAGUCCAGAAAUGAAUUCUGCAGUGAAUAACCAGAUUGCGCCCGUUGAUGCCAUCCGCAUGGUUGGAAUUCAUAAAAGAGCCGGAGAACCUUUGGGUGUGACAUUUAAAGUGGAUAAUAAUAAUCUGGUUAUUGCUCGAAUUCUCCAUGGUGGCAUGAUCGAUCGACAGGGUCUCCUUCAUGUAGGAGACAUAAUUAAGGAAGUCAAUGCUCACGAAGUGGGAAACAACCCAAAGGAAUUGCAAGAGUUGCUGAAGAGUAUUAGUGGAAGUGUCACGUUAAAGAUACUUCCAAGCUAUAAGGAUACAAUCAGCCCACAGCAGGUGUUUGUGAAGUGUCAUUUUGAUUACAAUCCAUUCAGUGAUAAUUUGAUUCCCUGCAAAGAGGCUGGACUAAAGUUUUCCAAAGGAGAAAUUCUGCAUAUAGUUAAUAGGGAAGAUUCAAAUUGGUGGCAGGCAAGUCAUGUAAAAGAAGGUGGAAGUGCAGGUCUUAUUCCCAGUCAGUUUCUGGAGGAAAAGCGGAAAGCAUUUGUCAGGAGAGACUGGGAUGGAGCAGGUCAGUUCUGUGGUACAAUUACAAGUAAGAAGAAGAAAAAGAUGAUGUAUCUCACCACGAAAAAUGCUGAGUUUGAUCGCCAUGAGAUUCAGAUAUAUGAAGAGGUAGCUCGUAUGCCUCCAUUUCAAAGGAAGACGCUUGUUUUAAUAGGAGCCCAAGGAGUCGGACGUAGAAGUUUGAAAAACAGACUUAUUGUCAUCAAUCCAACCCAGUUUGGAACAACUGUUCCAUUCACUUCACGCAAGCCAAAAGAAGAUGAAAAAGAUGGGCAUGCAUACAGAUUUGUAUCCAGAACGGAAAUGGAAGCUGAUGUGAAAGCUGGCAGAUAUUUGGAACAUGGAGAGUAUGAAGGCAAUCUCUAUGGCACAAAAAUAGAUUCCAUUCAUGAAGUGGUAAUGGCUGGACGGACAUGUAUAUUAGAUGUAAAUCCCCAGGCAUUAAAAGUGCUAAGGACUUCUGAAUUUAUGCCGUAUGUAGUAUUCAUCGCAGCUCCAGAGCUAGAGACGUUGCGUGCCAUGCACAAAGCCGUCGUGGAUGCUGGAAUCACAACGAAGCUGCUCACUGACACAGAUCUGAAGAAAACCGUUGAUGAAAGCGCUCGGGUUGGGAGAGCUUACAACCAUUACUUCGACUUAACUAUUGUCAAUGACAACUUGGACAAAGCCUUUGAGAAGCUACAGACCGCUGUUGAGAAGCUAAGAGUGGAGCAGCAGUGGGUUCCAAUUAGCUGGGUCUAUUGACUUCUUCCUUGAGCUAAAAUUUUAUUUAUCAUUAAUAAAGACACUAAGCAGCUCAAAAGCAGGGAACAGACCUCCGGCACCCGUGUUGUUUGUUCCCUUGUAGGGAUUUUAAAGGAUCGUACACUGUUCAGAAUUUUUAUAUAAGGUUUCGAAGGGAAAGUGUACUUAAAUAUGUAAUUUAUUCUAAUUUUUAUAACUUUUGAAAUAUAAUCUUUCUAUUCAUACAUAAUACAUGAAGGAAAUGCGUUGAAGCAUUUUUGUGAUUUUUAAUUUGGUACAUACAGUAUGCCUUUUUCAUCCAAGAUAGUCUGUCAUUAACAUUUGGUCUUACAUAUUCACUGUGACAAAAGGAUACUUGAAAUAAUUUUGUUAAAAGUCUGUUUGAUACAUAAAUGGAUUAAAAUGCGUUUGUAUGUGUAGGGAGGGAACAUACUUUUCUGGGAAGAAAUGCAACAAAAUGAACCCUUGGUGGCAAUAACGUGGCACGUCCAUUGGGCAGAUCCUCACUGCACCAUACCCAUAGUUGUAAAAAGAAUAUCUUUAUACUCCUAAAGCUGGAAGUUACAAGUCUAGUAAAAUCUAUUUCAGAGGAAACGUUGGUUUGGACAUGUGUUCUCAGUGCACAUAUAUGUUUUCCUUAUAACACUUACAAUGUAGCUCUCGCCUGCAUACAGUGUAGCCAGUUUGUGGGAGGCACCAGUCACCAAGAAAAGACCAUGUUGCGUCACUGUUUCCUCAUGAAUGAAUUUGCAUGCUUAUGCAUGUAGUGUCAGCACACUUAAUGCUUGUGUCCACUGUGUGUUCUUGAGUAUGCCCACUAUUUAUCCAGUUACAGCCUGAAGAGAAGGUAUUACCUAUUUCUGAAUAGGUUUAGUUUGGACCUAUUCUAGAAUUAUUGGCAGCUGCCAUUAAUGGCUACAAUGUCCACGUUCCUAUGUGAUGAUAAAUCCCAAAAAGGUGGGUGCACGUAAACGGAGAUUACAGGGUGAGGGUCCUCGAGCAGCCGGUGUAUGGGGGGUCACCAAGUUCCCCAGUAAACAGAAUUAUACAAAAAUACACUGCGCUCACCAAUGUGUGAUUGAUAAUGUCUGGGUGUACGGAGGAUUGUAUCGGGACACAAAGUAAAAAAUUCCAUGUGGAACCUUUUACUUCAUAUCCCAAUACAAUCCUGCAUACACCAAGGUAUUAUCAAGCAAUUAUAUAAUGCCACUAAAUAACCUCAAUACUGAAUACAUUGUAGCAUAACAUCCCUUAGAAAAGUUGCAUGUUGUUCUAACGUCGACAUGUAAACCGGUGCCUCCACUACCACUGUGGUAACUGCACCAGAAGGAAUAUACUGGGUUUUGGCAUAGGUUUCCAGUUAGGAGAUUUCUGAAUACCAGUAGACUAGAGUACCUAGGCCCUCAGCAUUUUUGCUUUGUUCAUUGCUGCUAAAGUAUACUGUACAAUGUCAACCUGGAAAUGUUUUAUUUUCAGCAAUCAAGGCAGGAAUACUAAUACUGUGGCUUCACUAAGGAAGAAAAUGCCACUAAAGUUCUAUUAAUGUGGACUGAAAGCCUGAUGUACUGACUGGUGACUAAAGUGGUCUGGCAGACCCCAGGCACCUAAUAGAUACAUUGUCAAACAUUGUUAUGCUCACGUGUCAUUAUUUGUUAAACAGUAUUUACACUAUACGUAACGGAACGCUGCAGAUACACAUGUACUACCGUCUCUAGAAGGCUGGUGAUUUUCCUCAGCGAUUUCAAUAGCUAAGAAUGUGAAAUUCCACAUCAGAAUAUUUUUGGCCCUCCUUUAUUAAGUUGUUGAGCAAUAAUUGCACUGUUGUCUGAGGUACAUUACAUAAAGUUUGAUGACAACACUUUGACAGUGUUACCCUUCAGUUGUUAAUGGGGCAGCUUUGGUGUGGCUGGGACCAAGGUUUCAUUGUUAGUCUUAUUCCAGUGUUCUAGAAAAAAAAGCAUUACUCUUGGAUUUAGACCAAAUUCAAAUGUAUUGUGUGGUUUUGCGAAUACAUAUUUAUAUAAAACCAGAAAUCUAUAUAUAUGUAUGUAUGUAUGUAUAUAUAUAUAUAUAUAUAUAUAUAUAUGUAUUAUUACAAGUUCUCAUAGUUCAAUAUUUAUACAUCAACCUGUACAUGAAAUCAGAUUGGUUAAUCUGUGAUAGUUUAUUAUAUUUUAUUUUUCUGUUCCAUCAUCAAUCUGCCAUGGUAUUUUUAAAAUGUGGUUUAGCGAUGUUUGUGCUAUAUGAUGUGCCGGUUUCUUUUUCCUGAAGAGUAAUUCUUUGUAUAAUGCUUUAACUUGAUGUCUGCGUUAGUGAACGAUACCCGUCUCCAUUAACCUGGUGUUAACUGUGCAUCUUCAUAAAGGGGCAGCUACAUAAAAUAGUACAUCAUGUGCUUAUGGGAUUUUACCAUUGGGGGCAAUCAAUCUACCACUCACCCAUUACUACAGUUCUAUAUAAGGUUUACAACUGACUAUUACUGAGAGAUUUGCUGCUGUAUCCUUUACUUGAUUCAUUAUUUAGUAUUUACAGUCCUGCAAGUGUUUAACAUCAAUUCCUAGUAGCGGUAAAGUCUUUUAAUCCUUUACUGAAAAAAAAAUCCUAAACUACUUAAUCUCUUGACUCCCGACACCAAAGCAUACAGCCGGAUGGUAAUGAAGGGAGCGUUCUAUGAAUAUUCUCUCCAAAGGACAAAUCAACCAGUUAAAUGAGCGCAGAAUGCGUUAGUUCAUUUUAAGUGUGCAUUUAAAGUAUGGUUUCAGAUACAGUAUUUAACAUUUGUGAUUUUAUAUUGAAUAAAUGAAGGUCACAAAGAUAAUACAUUAUAUGAAAAUAAAAUUCUAAUUCAGUA